GCUGUUUUUCUUCUGUGAUUUUAUUGCCGUGAUUCGUGAUCUUUAAUUAGAAAAUAUCGAGGAAGUGAAUUAAAAUGGUAUUGGACGCAAUAAAAGACUGACCUCAUAUGUUCCAGUUACGGAUAAUUGCGGCUUCCCACGCGACAAGACACCGAGCCAAUCUUCCGAGUCUUGGCGUUUUGAAUCAUUGUAAAAUAUUGUGCUGUGCAGUGAACCACAUCGAAUGAUAAUAUUGAUCUCACUAAAUGACUCAUUUCUUAGUGCUUAGGGUCUGAUUUUGAAGAAAUCGUGUAAAAUGUCUCGUCUGCGGCCUCAGUGGCAACUUCAGGCUUUGGCUGCACAACGGAGAGAUAAUGAGCUUCGCAAAGCUGAGGAAUUAAAAAAGGUAGCUCACUAUUUUGAAGCAAACACAAAUAAGUCAAGACAUCAUGAGCAGUGGACGACUGAGGGUUACUAUGAGAGAGCCAACCGAGAGGCUGAAUUGCUUAGCGAAAAGAAAAUCAGGACUGCACAAUUGGAGGAGAGGAGGAAGAAGUUGGAAUUGAUGCUAUUUCAAGAAAAUAUGCAGUAUCAGCAAGAGUUAAAGAAAUUGGCUGCUCAGCCCAAAUUUUUUAAGAAUGGUUCUUACCUUAACAAAGUACCUACCUCUACUCUCCAAGAUAUCAACCAAGGCAUAGUUGAGAAAGAGGAGCAGCUUCGACGCCAACAAGCGGAACUACAGCUGCACCACGCUUGGAGGCUGCGGCAGCCAGAACUGAGGGCUGCUAGCUCUUAUAUCGCGAACGGGAAACUCAAGUCUGCUUGGAUGCAACAGUUAGUAGAAAAAGAAAUGCAGAAGAAGAAAGAAGAGGAAGAAGCCAGGAAGGUGUUACAAGAUCGAGAUGAGGCGUUACGCCGGCAGAUACAGAUUGAAGAGGAGAGGCUCAAAGAAAAGGAGAAGCAAAUGAGGGAACUCCGCGAAAGCCUAGAAGGUCAAAUAGCAGAAUUGAGUGAAAAAGAAACUGCAGUCAAAAAAUUGCGCAAAGUGGAAGAAAGAGAAAGGUUUAUUUUAGAAGAGUUACAGUUGAUAUCGAGUGAAAGAGAGCGGGAGCAUAGGAGGUUGAAAGCAGAAAGAGACGCCAAUAUUGUGAAUAUGGGCUUGCAUAAGUACAAGCUUAAAAGGAAAGUCAUAUCGAUUUUGAAGGAAAUUGAUUUGGACUUGCAAAUGUUGGAGAAAAUUAAUGCGGCCGUUUUAAAGGAUGUUGAAAGCGAACAAGAAAAAUGCGCAAAUCACAAGCGCGUGCUCGAUUCCGCCCUCCGCCAGUUAGAAGAGCACCGAGAUAGGGACAGACAGAGACAGAAAAACAUUGAAGCGAUGUACGACGGGGAAGCGAGGCAGAUCAAUGAGAAACAAGAUAAACUGUGGGCAAAAGAACGCGAGGCUCGCUCAGCGUUAAUGGACGAAGUGCUAUCAGCUCUGAAGAGGCAGGUUGAGGAGAAAUUGCAGAUUAACAUAGAGAAACAGAAGGCUAACGUGUUGGAACGAGAGAAGAUUCUGGAAGAGAUGGACAGCUUCCACAAGGAAGUGAGGAGUAGGGAGCGGGAGACACAGCUUGUAAACUCAUCAUAUUCUACGGUGACGGCGCUGCAAUCGCAGCUCAACAGCUUGAAGUUACAGCAACAGCAGCUUGAAGCGAACCAAGCGGCUGAAGAGGAGCUGAGGGCUGCGUGUGCGCAUGAACGACAGAUAAGACAAGAAAUAGCCAAGAUGCAGCGCGAAGGAAGUGUACAGGCUUGGACGUGAUAAUAUUCUCACCAUGUAAUAUACCAGCGCAACGACACAAAAUUAGUCUUUCUUGGCCUCCAAAAACAAUUUUUUCCAUUUGGGUGGAGGGUGCAACUGGAAACACGCAGAGAUGAGGGAGAGAGAUUGUGCACCUGAA